CGCAGGCGCUCUCGGCGGCGAAUCGGCGGUUUCCGGUUCCGCUGCCCUCUUUCUCUUCAACGAGGCGACGGAGCUGACGCAGAGAUGCAGAUCUUUGUGAAGACCCUGACAGGGAAGACCAUCACCCUUGAGGUUGAACCCAGUGACACCAUCGAGAAUGUCAAAGCCAAAAUCCAAGACAAGGAGGGCAUCCCACCUGACCAGCAGCGUCUGAUAUUUGUGGGCAAACAGCUGGAGGAUGGCCGCACCCUUUCGGAUUACAACAUUCAGAAAGAGUCCACCCUGCACCUGGUGCUUCGUCUGCGAGGUGGCAUCAUUGAGCCUUCCCUCCGCCAGCUCGCCCAGAAAUACAACUGUGACAAGAUGAUCUGCCGCAAAUGUUAUGCUCGCCUGCACCCCCGUGCUGUCAACUGCCGUAAGAAGAAGUGCGGCCACACCAACAACCUACGCCCCAAGAAGAAGGUCAAAUAAGGCCCCUCUAUGGGCUCCUCCUCCUUUCCCCACAGGGCAGCCUCCUGCCCAAGCCCCGUGACCCUGGGGCCUCAAUAAAGUUUCCCUUUCGUUGACUGGAGCAG